CGUUGGCAGCCAUUUUGCAAGCAGUCGGGAAAGUCAAGUGAGUGCCACCGUUCCAAGAGCAGAACGUUGAAGGAGGUGGAAAGAUCGAACAAGCGAUUAAGCUAGUAAGCUGGGCUGUGCUCAGGUUUCGACUCGUCGAAAGACUCGACGCGUUCCUUUGUUUUUCUUGUUUCUCGUAUGUUUACGGACCGCACAAGGCAACGUUGAUGAUUGGGAUUCCGCGGGACGACCUGCACAAGAUCACGGUUAAGAUCCGCAACAACAUGAAGAGAAGCUCGAGUCGGGACACCCCGCCGCCUCGCGUCAAGCGAAGCAGGUCCUCUAUAGGCCGAUACGAAGACUCGAGCGACGAGCGAAUGACGCCGGAGAGAAUUAGGCGUCGGAGCAGAGGAGCUCGUAGCCCGAGUCCUCCCGGCAGAGGCUCUUCGGCUUCUCAUCAUGCACGCGGUUACCCCGAGUCUAGCUCUCACCGUGACGACUAUCUCCGAGGGGCUCGGGAUCUACCACCGGACAGACCAUAUGGAUACAAGGUUCUUUGCGUCAGCUCGAUUCAUCCAAAAGCCAGUGACGAAGCGAUCAAGGACACCCUCUAUCGAGAGUACAAGAAAUUUGGGGACUUCUCCAUCCGGAUCUCCCACGAGCUCGACGAGCGAGUGGCAUAUGUGUGUUUUCGUAGCUCAGAGGAUGCAAGGGAUGCGAAACAUGCCAAGCCCAGGAUUAUAGUGUAUGACAAGCUGGCCAUCGUAGAACCUGUAUACGAACGUCCAGGACCCGACUCAUACCGCCGACCUCGAUCUCUCACGCCUCCUGAUUACGACCGCUACUACGCUCGAUCACCUGGUCCGGAACGUCAUCAUCGGCCCCUGGAAAGAUACGAUCGCUUGUACGGUCCACCGCCUGUUGGAUUGCCACCCCACCGAGAGGUAAGACGCGAGACUCUGCCACCUCCCCAUCACGACUUCGUACGACCACCCGUACACCACGCUCCACCUCACGUGCAUCCUGGAGGAGGUGGCAGUGGAGGUGGUGGUGGCGGACCACCCCAUCACUAUGGUCCCCCCAGACACCUGGUUCUCCGUCACCCAGUGCACGGUUUCGAACGCGUCGAGAACAAGAAGGACAAGUUUCCAAACUACUUGCACCACGUCUCCCCCGAGGACGACCCUCUGGCCACAAGGACCCUCUUCGCAGGGAAUCUGGAGAUUAACAUCACCGAGGAGGAGCUUCGUAGGAUCUUCAGCAAGUAUGGUAUAGUGGACGACAUAGACAUAAAGAGGCCACCCCCGGGGACAGGGAACGCGUACGCGUUCGUGCGUUUCCAGACCCUUGAUAUGGCUCACCGAUGCAAAGUGGAGCUAUCGGGUCAGUACAUCGGCAAGUUCCAGUGCAAAAUCGGAUACGGGAAGGCGACGCCAACGACGCGGAUCUGGGUGGGCGGCCUAGGACCCUGGACGUCGGUACCACAGCUCGAGCGGGAGUUCGAUCGGUUCGGGGCCAUCAAGAAGAUCGACUACAUCAAGGGCGACAGUAACGCGUAUAUACUGUACGACUCCAUAGACGCGGCCCAGGCGGCGGUGAAGGAGAUGCGAGGGUUCCCCCUGGGAGGUCCAGACAGGCGGCUACGGGUCGACUUCGCCGACGUGACCCCGGGCUUCGGGUUCAAGCCGAGACCCUACCCCGAGGAUAGCGCGGACUUCAGGCAGCGACCUCUGGACUACGACUCGCCGUACGACCCCUACGGCCCGGACGGCGAAUUCGGCUACGCCUCCAGAGGGUUUCGAGGUCGUGGAAGCGCACCCUGGCAUGAGCGAAGAGGCGGAGGAGGUAGUAGCGGAGGUGGCGGCGGUGGUAGGGGCGCUUAUCGCGGGUCCUAUCCCGAGGGAUAUGCCAGGGAAGAGGACUGGGCCGCCAGGAGGCCGACCGACCUCGAGUACGAGGCGCCGCGCAACAUGCGCCGAUCGGUGUCUCGCGAGCCCGGAGUCGAUCGGUCCAGGUCGAGGUCGCCUCGGCGAAGGCCCCUCGACUCGGACACCGACUCCGAGAACGCGCGCACCGGCAUGCUCUCCCUCUCGAGGACCCUGACCGAGGUGGCGCGCAAAUCCGUCGCUGUUUGGCAGGGUGCGCUUAUCCUGAAGAACUCCCUCUUCCCGGCCAAGUUCCAUCUGACCGACGGCGACACCGAGAUCAUCGACUCGCUCAUGAAGGACGAGGAGGGCAAGCACAUGCUCAGGAUCACCCAGAGACUCCGCCUCGACCAGCCGAAGCUAGACGACGUCUCCAAGAGGAUCCAGACCUCCAGCUCGCAUGCCAUUUUCCUGGGCUUGGCCGGCUCGAGCGCCGCGGUGACCAAUGAGGAUGCCAACGUCCAGACCAGGCCACUACGUAAUCUGGUAUCGUACUUGAAGCAGAAGGAGGCUGCCGGGGUCAUUUCCCUCCUCAACAAGGAUACCGAGGGCACGGGCGUGCUCUACGCCUUCCCUCCUUGCGCCUUCUCGACGGAACUCCUGAAGCGCACGUGUCCUAGCUUGAGCGAGGAGGGUCUCAAAGAGGAUCACUUAGUGAUCGUUGUCGUCAAGGGUGGUAGUGCUUAAGUUGGAUUCGAGUCUUCGCAUCUUCUUUUAACCGAUCCCUCUUCCAGAGAUAGAUCCACUCUGUCUGCUCGCGAUUGCUGUGUACGAGAAUGAAAUAAUGAUGCGACGAGUCGGAUGUUUUAAUGACUCGAGUUCAUUGAAUUCAAAGCAUGGCCAUUGAAAGAGUUUGAGACUUGAGUGCGAAGACGACUCGGUGAGAUAAGAAGAAACGUACAUUCGAGUUGACGUACACGGCCAUGAUGAGAUCGUUGGCAAUGGACCAGGGAGGCGAUUUACGUUGUACCGGAAACGUAAACGAGCGAAUUAUUAAUCGUAGAGUGAUUGAUCGUAAUGAAGGCAACGUAGUGCAAACGUCAUCCAGUGGUGAACGAAGAGAUGUUUGGAUGUGGUGGUGGGAACCGAAUAGUUCAGUUCGGUACAAUCAUUGUAGUUUGUUUGGAAGAUCAGUGGAAAAGGGGGAAGGGCCAAUGUGAGUUCAUGUGAGCUGAUGUUUGAGGUCAGGAAUGUUACGUUCGAUGAUGGUUGCACUUUUGAACUCCUUUUCGCUACGGUCAACCACUUCCUGUAGAUGCGCGUUAGACGAGCACGUGUAUUUUCCUCUGUAAAAUAUGUGUCAUCGAAACGUUGGAAUGCUAUUUGUACCGAACGCAAGGAUUUUACUGAUAAAGCAUCCGAUCUUGAUCAAGUUGAUUAGAUUUGGAGAAAGCUUGUCUCCGUGAGGUUUGGUCUCGUAUCAUGACAAGUGUUUUCUCUCGUACGUACUUGCGCCUGUAUGCUCGUCUACCGCGAAUCGAUCCGUAAUAAUAAUACAUAAAUCUAUACACGAUGAAUCUUUAUAUGCAAGCUUAACGUGUGAAAUUCGCCCACAAGAAAGUUGCUUUUCAGUACAUUGGUGAGAAAUCACGCCAAAGUUGUGAGAUAGGUCUAUUCACGAUUUAUUUUCAUUUCAAUUUAUAUUCAGUGACAGCGUCGACAGGAUUAGGGCCGAACCUUGACUUGGUGAAUUACAGAUAAUUUUAUCGUAAUGUCUAUUUAGGUAACGUAACUCUGGUAAAAAAAGUACCAUUCAUGUGUUACGUACACAAGGUUGUACGAUGCAGGGGAAAAGACGAAUUCCUCUGGUCGAAUUUCACGUAGAGAUCAUGCAUAGUCAUUAAGAAUGGCGCUGAAUCGGUUAUCUUUAACAGACACUCCGGCUCUAAUGGACAACUCGCCGUGCAGCGACGAUACGACUAUCAUCUACUAAUUACUAAUAUAACAUAUACUUAGUGGUAAAGAGUACGAAGUUAUUUGUAUUAUAUUACAUAAGAGAACGGAAUUAUUUGUACACAGUUCUUUCACAUUACGUGCUGUAACUUUUAUAUAACUUCAGAUUUUCAUUUCCGCACCGAUUGUGUAUUUCUCUCUUAACGCAUCUAUUGACUCUGCAAUCGUAUAUCUGUAGAUAGUUAAUUGUACACCGUUGAUCGGCAGUUCGCGAAUGAUCAUGCGGUUACGGUAAGAUUCUAUUGCAGAAGUAAAAAAGAAAAAGAGAUAUGCGACGAUCCAGCCGUGACGAUACAGAAUUCGGUUUUGACUCGACAUUUCCGUGGAGCAAAUCCUUUGUCGAAACGAACAGCUCGAUUUGACUCGGUCUUCCAGGUUCUUUUGCCUUUUUUAGCAUACCCGAAACUGUAUACACGGGGAUUCGAUAUUACCGUGGUUCCUUGUACGAGAAAGAAAGGCACUCGAGUUCAUUCGCUAGGUGAAAUGAAAUUUAGACAACUCUAUCGAUGUACUUAUUUUUAAUCAUUCGUAAUAAUUGGCCUUUACUAGGCCUUUGCUUUGGAAAGCUUAAGGAAUGACAUGUCAUCAUUGUACAAAAUGAUCUCCACUUUGGACCGCAGAGUUGCUCAGCUCUCAAUGGAUGAAUUCAGUCCGGAGACAGAUUUUUUACAAGGACCCACCAAUGUAUCGAAUCACUGUAUGGACCUGUAUUUUUUAUUUUAACUCGUUCCAACGUCUACCUACGUCCGUUAGAAGUCGAUUGAGAGAUCUUCCCGAGCUGCCGAAAUGGGUUAAGUCGAGUAAAGAGUACGGGGAGUAAAUGGGGAGCUGCAUUUGAACGGCAUCGUUGCGCACCCGAGGGAAAGCUUCGUAAGAUUUCCUGACGGCGAUGCGAAAGAACUGUAAAAGAGACGAAUGUGUUUACUAAUUAAGGAUUACUAUACAUAUACAUAUAUUUACACACACACACUUACAUGUGCGCAUACCGAGUGCGACGAGCGGUCUGUAACGGUAGAAGUCGUAACGCGAGCCUUUUUACGUAGAUGUCGCCAAUGUAACGCGCUACGUAACCAUGUAAGUGACAUAGUGCCGCACAUACACACACACGCCCGAGGAGGAGGUCCUACCUUUGACGGUCAGUCAGAAGUGUGAAGUUGGUGGAAGAAGACGAGGAGAGGAGAGAGAUUCCCUCGCGGACGGUUGGAAGACGAAGGGUCGAGAGGGGGGUUCGCUCGCUGGGCCGAAAAUCUUGUGAAGUUUCUCGCUGCUCUAGGGAAGUUAUUACGUUCGGUGUGGAAGAGUCUCGCAUAAUGAGGACAGUGUACUGGUGGUAACUGAAAGAUAAAAGGAAAACGAAGGAAGGAGGGAGUACCGAGAUUGUGUACAGUGAUGUAAAUCGAGAAACAAGUGUUUGUGUCCUCGGGCCCGAGGGUGUGGGGAGUCCCUGCGGAGGUCCCCCAGGAACGCGCAGGGACGCUCGUCCAACCUCGGGCUCGACCGGAAGGUGCAGUGGUUAAGUGUACCUGGUGUUUACAUCAAAACAAAUAGAUGCCGUUAUGCAGUCAAAAA